CCAUGGCACGCGCCCACAGCGACGAUUUAAUGUCAAAUCACAGAAAGGGACAAAUAAUCUGAUAGAAAGGGAGCCUAAGAUUAGGAGAGUCUUCUCGAGAGAGGCAGGACUGAGUAAGCAGAGAGGAAUCAGCACUCCUGACCAUUAUGGACAGCGAGACAUGAUGGAUGGAACUUCAUGAUGUUGCUUCGACAACCCAACCUCCAUUGACGACAGCUGUUCUACAGUAACGGACGGCUUCCAUCGCUGUACAUGGAGACCGCCAAUUUGGCAGAAACAAAGCCAGGAAGUGAUCUGUGCAAAGUAGGAACCAUCGCCUCGUUUGGGAACGUGGUGUACAGUGAGCUCCUCAACCAACCCUUCUGGCAUUUUGGGAUUCCCUUCAUUACCAGACUGGGUAACCAAGAGGCCCCAGCUCCCCCUGAAGCAAUGGCUCAGCCCUUUCCACCAGCCCAGUACGCUCAUCCCCCACAGAAUGGGAUACCUGCCGAGUACGCCACAGCCCACACUCACCCACCAGCUGACUUCACAGGACCAAACACGGUGGCGGAACACACCCUAACACUGUACACGCCGACACAUACGCAAAGCGAACAGCCUGGGAGUGACAGCAACGCCCCUACCCUCACAGUCAACACGGUAUCGCAGGCCGACGAGAUUGCACAGUCGGAGGGUUCCCAGAUUCUUCAUCUGCAGCCAAAUGACUCCUUAGAGAAACAGCAGCCCAAAAGACUACACGUCUCAAACAUACCGUUUCGUUUCCGGGACCCUGACCUUCGGCAAAUGUUUGGGCAAUUUGGCAAGAUUUUAGACGUGGAGAUUAUUUUUAACGAGCGCGGCUCCAAGGGCUUUGGGUUUGUAACAUUUGAAACAACCGCAGAUGCCGACCGUGCACGAGAGAAACUAAAUGGUACAAUCGUAGAAGGACGCAAAAUAGAGGUUAACAAUGCCACAGCAAGAGUAAUGACCAACAAAAAGGUGGCGAACCCUUAUACAAACGGCUGGAAGCUCAAUCCAGUGGUUGGAGCCAUGUAUGGGCCUGAAUUUUAUGCAGUCACAGGGUUUCCAUACCCCACCACAGGGGCAGCAGUGGCCUAUAGAGGGGCCCAUUUGAGAGGGAGGGGCCGGGCUGUCUUUAACACAUUCCGUGCUGCACCACCUCCCCCUCCUAUCCCUGCCUAUGGCGCUGUGGUCUACCAGGAUGGCUUUUAUGGGGCAGAAAUAUAUGGCGGAUAUGCAUCUUACAGAUAUGCCCAGCCAGCUGCUACUGCUGCAGCUGCGUACAGCGACAGUUAUGGCCGAGUCUAUGCAACAGCAGACCCAUAUCACCAUACAAUUGGUCCUGCAGCAACGUACAGCGUGGGCACUAUGUAAAUAAAUGGAUGUGUACAGAUGGACACCAGAAACCGAAGAGACAAAACAUGGAAACAGAGGGACAUCACACUUGACCAACAAAAACAAAAACAUGGGUGGAUUUGUUCCAGAGUCGUCCUAUCAAGGAAGAAAACGCCCCGAGGGAAAGGAUGGACGGAGGUUUGAUUGUUGGCCUCCUCUGAGGACCAUGUAGUCUACUAUAGGGAGGCAGGCCUGCUGGCUCUGACCCCUGAAAAAACAAGCCUUGCUAAGCGGAAAAGACCAAUUGGACAGAUCACCAUAAAACAUUUUAUUUUUGUAAAAAAAAAAAAAAAUGUUUAUGAUUUACAAAAGGAGCAAAGACAUCUGUCGUCUGAUUGCCUCCUACCACACAACUCACUCACCCAUCGCACCUUUUCCUUAGGCUUGGUGGGUGUGUCAGAUGGGUGCUGGUAGCUGGUCCUGCAGACGUGUCACUAAUCUACACAAGGAGUCGCUUUCUUACAGCAGCAGACUAGUCCACUAACGUCCCCCACAAAAAUACUCUGGUCUGUACAAAUGGAGUUGGGAGGCUGGUGUCUGCUGGGUUUCAACCAAACAUGUCACUGUAGUGUUGUGGUGGAGGUGGCCGUGCUGUGUA